UGUGUGUAUAUGCACACACAGUCGACGUCAGAGGAGCGCGACGCACCCACGGGGUAGGGCCCCGACAGAGCCAAGGAAGUAGGUGUCCACGCAAGUGCCGUGAUCCGGUGACGAAGUAAGCGGACAAACGGACGGAGUGACAAAGGGCGGCGGGAUGGGCAAAGGCGGCGGCCCGUUCGAGCGGCUUCUCGACAAAGCAACGAGCCAGUUACUUCUUGAAACUGACUGGGAAUCAAUACUACAGAUCUGUGACCUGAUUCGGCAGGGAGAUGCUCAGGCGAAAUACGCAAUCAGCGCCAUCAAGAAGAAGCUGAAUGAUAAAAACCCACACGUGGUCCUCUACACGCUGGAGGUUCUGGAAUCUGUGGUGAAGAACUGCGGCCAAACUGUCCACGAUGAGGUGGCGAAUAAACAAACCAUGGAGGACCUCAAAGAGCUGUUUAAGAAACAGACCGAGACCAACGUUCGGAACAAGAUCUUGCAGCUGAUCCAGGCCUGGGCGCAAGCCUUUCGCAAUGAGCCCAAGUAUAAGGUGGUGCAGGACACCUACCAGAUCAUGAAGGUGGAAGGCAAUGUCUUCCCAGAGUUAAAAGAGAGUGAUGCCAUGUUUUUGUCCGAAAGGAUUUGUUUUGUGACACCGCAGGCUCCGGACUGGGUAGAUGCCGAGGAAUGUCACCGGUGCAGAGUGCAGUUUGGAGUGGUCACAAGGAAGCAUCACUGCAGAGCAUGUGGGCAGAUCUUCUGUGGAAAAUGUUCCUCCAAGUCCUCCACCAUCCCCAAAUUUGGCAUCGAGAAAGAAGUCCGAGUUUGUGAGCCAUGCUUUGAGCAGCUGAACAAAAAGGAAGACCUUGACAGCAGUAACAUGAAAUCGGAGACCAAGCCCACAGCCUCAGCUCCGGUUGAUCUACCGCCAGAGUACCUGACCAGCCCACUGUCUCAGCAGUCGCAGCUGCCUCCCAAGCGUGACGAAGCUGCCUUGCAGGAGGAAGAGGAACUUCAGCUGGCCAUUGCUCUGUCACAGUCUGAGGCGGAAGAGAAGGAGAGGAUGAGACAAAAGAACACUUACCCCAUGUACCCGAAGCCAGACCCAACGCCAGUCACGUCAUCAGCACCACCCGUCAGCAGCCUAUAUUCAUCUCCAGUGAAUUCUUCUGCCCCGACAGCUGAAGAAAUUGACCCUGAGCUGGCUCGAUACCUGAAUCGUACCUACUGGGAGAAGAAGCAAGAGGAAGUUAGAAAGAGCCCCUCCCCGUCAGCCCCCGUCUCAGUGGUGGAGUCAGUCACACAACCUGUUGACACUCACCCGGCUCCCAUCACAAUUGUGGAGCAGCAAUACCAGAACGGAGAGUCCGAGGAGAACCACGAGCAGUUCCUGAAGGCGCUGCAGAACUCGGUGGUGACGUUUGUGAACAGGAUGAAGAGCAAUCACGUGCGCGGCCGCAGCAUCACUAACGACACUGCGGUGCUGUCCCUGUUCCAGUCCAUCCACAGCACGCACCCCCAGCUGCUGGAGCUCCUCAACCAGCUGGAUGAGAAGCGCUUGUACUACGAAGGUCUGCAGGACAAACUGGCGCAGAUCAGGGACGCCCGUGGGGCCCUGAACGCUCUGCGCGAGGAGCACAGCGAGAAGCUGCGGCGGGAGGCCGAGGAAUCCGAACGCCAGCGACAGAUCCAGUUGGCCCAGAAACUGGAGAUCAUGAGGCAAAAGAAGCAGGAGUAUCUGGAGAUGCAGCGGCAGCUGGCCAUCCAGAGGCUGCAGGAGCAGGAGAAGGAGCGGCAGAUGCGGCUGGAGCAGCAGAAGCAGACCAUCCAGAUGCGAGCGCAGAUGCCAGCUUUCCCGCUGCCGUACGCACAGCUGCAGUCCAUGCCCCCUGCUACUGGCGUGAUGUACCAGCCUUCGGGGCCAGCCAGCUUCCCCGCCACGUUCAGUCCCUCUGGCUCAGUGGAAGGAUCACCCAUGCACUCUGUGUACAUGAAUCAGCCUGGCACCGGACCGUAUCCCUCCAUGACAGUCUCUGGAACAGAUCCAUCCAUGGUGAAUCCGUAUAUGUACCAGGCUGCAGCCCCAAGCAACCAGACCUCCCAGCAAGCCCAGGCAGUACCCACGACAAACACCGGAUAUUCCAGCUACCAACCUACCCCCACACAGAACUACCAGAGUGUGGCGUCCCAGGCACAAAACAUGCCAGCUCUUCCCCAGUCUCAGUCGGGUGGACUGGGUUACAUGGGAUCCCAGUCUGUUCCAAUGGGCUACCAGCCGUAUAACAUGCAGAAUAUGAUGUCAGCUCUCCCACCUCAAGAUGCUUCCAUGAGCAACCUGCCGCCACAGCAAUCUUACCUCCCAGCUCAGCAACCCAUGUACCAGCAGGUGCACGGUACUCCGAGGUCGUACACGGGAUAAGCAGUGCCGGAAUGAAGAAUCUAGUGUUACAGAUGGGCCCCCCUGGAGCAGCCCAGCAGCAGCCACAGCCAGCACCGCAGGUUCAGCAGCAGCCCGGCUCUGAGGCGCAGCUCAUCUCCUUCGACUGAAUCUCUUGUCGGGGGUGGAGGGGGUUGGGGGAAGGGAGGUUCGUCUCAUACCGCGGCCUCACGCUGCCCGUUCACUAUGAGGGGAGCUAGAGGAGGAAGGCUGGGGUCUGCGUGUGACACCAGGUGUUGCUUUUACGUGCUGCCUCCCCUUAACUUCCUCAACCGUGCAGAAAACUUACCGAGGCUUGGGUGCUGCAGACCCAUCCCAGACCGCACCGUGAGCCUUCUUGGUGUUUGACAGCUCAGAAUUGAAACAUUCACUGUGGCUUGCCAGUUAUCGAGAGUCAGCCUCGGCUGGGAAGUUGAGAGUGCAGAUUUGAUCAGACCAGGCUUCCUCCUCCUCGAGAGAGAGAUCCCCUCCUUUUCAUCCUGCCUCUGCUACUGAUGCCCAUUGGUAACUGUCGACACCUCCGGUCAUUUCACUCCACGUUGUGGGAACCCAUCCUGUUCAAAUCCUUCACACAAAAAUGACGGAACAAUACAAUAAAAGUAGUGAAUGGGCAGGCCUGAACCCCCUAUUCCACCCCCCCCACACACACACACACACACACACACACACACACACACACACACACUUGUUUGCCCUUUCCUCUGACCACUUUAAGCUGCUUCAUAAGACAAAGGAGCAGAAUUAGGCCAUUCAGCCCAUUGAGUCUGCUCUGCAAUUACCUUUGUUCACAGUGGGUGUUCAGUUCACAUCUUCUUUCCCUCCAUCCCCUCUGCCCUCAUCCCUACCCUGUGAACGAGGCCUGCCAAGGUCGCUGCUCGUGCUGUUUCACAGUGAUGCAUUCAGGGCUGCUGCUGGUCCAAGCAUGAGGGACGUAGCUGUUGUCUGCUUGUUGACGAGUAAAGGAGGGUAGUGUCUUAUAGGAUGAGGCGGCUGAACCUUGUACAAUGCUGACAACUGGCACUAAUGAUCAACUCAAGGACAACGCUCAGCUGCAGCCAAGCACAACCUUUCAUUCUAUAUGACACAAUACCUCCCUCUAACAAGCUGCAACAGUCAGCCGAACACCAGCCGCUGUCCAGGCUGAACCACUGCGAAUCUGCUGGGGCGACGCCAGUUCCCAUUCGACUUCAUGUGCAGCAUCCUCCCAUCUCUGAACUGCUGGCAGUGGUCCUUUAAGAUUCCUGUGCGCCGGCUGUUCUCUGCAGUAAAAUAUUGGGCAAUGACACCUCGAGAUGGUGUUCGGUGUCUGACGCCUGAGUAUACUCUGGAGCCAAAACGCAGUGAUCUGGGAGCCUGUGAUGAGUUUACUGCCUGUGUCUCAACUGUCCCUUCUGUACCCAUCAAACAGGACGCCAAAAGCAAAUGCUUUUAUAAUCCUGGUGGGGUUGUCAGCGAAAGACGGGCUGACCGUGACAAUUGGCGUGAGUUAAUUCAGAAUGCCUUCUGGCCAUCCUUACAUUUAUCUGUAUUUGUAUGUGUGUGUCUGUCUCUUCAGAUCCAAACAGAACUAAAGAAUCAAUCACCUUGAAAAGCAACGCAAUCCUUUGUCCUCAAUAGCAGACGGACAUUGUAAUUGGCAACGUAGAAUAAUGCUGAACUGCCACAUACUGUUCUCCCUGCUGGAGCCAUAGGCACUUUACAGUGGAAACGAAUGAUCUCUGUGAACUGUCACUACAUUCUAACUGGCUCUUGUAUAAUUAGGCUAAAUUGAUAACUUGAAUCCGUGUAGCUAAUUGUAUAUUGUGCUGUCACUCUCUGGUGUAUAUUCAUGUUCUUUACAGCAAAGUCGCUAAAAAUCUAAUUUAAAGAACUCUUGGCUUCAUUUUAAAAAAUGGUUUGCAUGUUUAAAACAGGAGGAUUGUUCAUUUACAGUAUAAUAGUGUGCAGGAGAACUUGAAUUCUUGUGGUUUGAAGGGAAAUAGAUUUAUCCUGCUUGUCAUUAAGACAUUUCACAUGAAUGUUCCUUUAUACUAUAAAUGAAAGUCUCCUGUGCAUUACUAUUUUGCUUGGUAUAUUGCUGUUUGUUGAGCUCUUGUCUUUUUUUUCCCUGACUAAUUUUAAAAACAUAUUUAAUAAAUUGUUUUCUUCACUUCCAUGAAAUUGUUAUCU